AUGGAAUUCUGGAGAAGGAAGAAGGACAAGGAGAGAGCUUGCUUCCUCAAGAAUGGAACCGUGUUUCUUCAACAACUCAUCGCUGACUGCAACGGCAUAUCAAACCCUAUCCGAAUGUUCUCUUCCGACCAAAUCUCCAAGGCUACGGAUCACUUCGAUGCCGAGUGUUCUAUCCUUGAUGCUUCAUCAUGUUUCACCUGGUACAAGGGGGUCAUCGAAGGCAGAUCGUACGUGAUCAAGAGAUUCACAGAGCCAUGGUAUGAAGACGAGCCUUACAACGAUAUUGUCUUGUCUUCUCGGGUAAGUAAUCACACUGGUUUCCUCAAACUCAUCGGUUCUUGUCUCGAGUUUCCUCGUCCCGUGGUUGUGCUUGAAGACCUAGACUACACAGUUUUGAACCAGCGAGGUAGUGUUGGUUGCGAGGACGCGCUGUUGUUACCGUGGAAUGCACGUUUAAAGAUAGCUAGAGAGGUUGCGACUGCUAUAACGUAUCUUCACACGGCUUUCCCUAGAAUCAUUAUACAUAGAAAUAUUAAACCAGCGAAUGUUUUGUUGGAUAAGAAUGGGACGGCUAAGCUCACUGAUUUAUCUCAUGCUGUGACACUCCCUGAGGGUAAAUGUUGGAUUGAAGAGCCGGUGGUUGGAACGUACGGUUACACAGAUCCUAUUUAUUUCUCGACGGGUAUACUUACACCCUAUUCAGAUGUGUUUAGUUUUGGAAUCUUUAUGUUGGUUCUUCUGAUGGGAAGACAACCACAUUUGGUUGAAUCAAAUGGCCGGUCGGAAUUUAAUAUUCUUGAAUAUGUGAAGGAUCUGCUGGAGAGAGGAGAGCCUGUUGUAUUCGGUGGUGGUUUGAACGACAUGAAGCCUGGUCAGAUGAGAAUGUUUCUUGACCUGGCACUGAGAUGCUGUGAGGAGAGGAAUGAAGAUAGGCCAAUGAUGAUCUUGGUGGCAAAAGAGAUUAAGCUAAUAGAACAAGGAUCACUUGAGGAUGGUCAUAUUUAAAAAUUGAAGUUAUGCUCAUAGUAGGGUUUUGUGUUCUGUUAUUGUGUAUUGCUGGAUUACCUAGCCUUUUAUAGUAUAUGUUUGGAGCACAACAUCAUUUUGACUAAGAAAAGACUUAAAAGAGGGUA